GGAGAAGGUUGAAAAAAGUGGGCGUUACAAGAAUGGAGUCACAUGAUUGGAGGAGGAGUUCAGAUGAAAAGGCGGAGCAAGUCAUUCAAUUCUGAUUCAAUCAAAAUUAGUACCGUGACCAUACAUCCUGGCUACAAUUUCUAAAAUGUCUAAAAUCUUUUACUUUGUUUUCCUAUUGUUUUCAUACUUGCUGAAGGUAAUGACUGAACAGUAGUGUGCAGGCAUUACACACAAUCAACCAAUCAUGGUGUGCAAUCUACAGAGAACGGUCAAAGCAAUGCAAAUAUGCCUAUAUAUGAGGACUGAAGAGUGACCCUCAAUAGGAAAACAAAAAAGCCAAAACCUGGACAUUUUAGGAACAUGUCGAGGAAAAAGAGCACAUGUGGUCACCCUAAUGUACAGUCAAACCAAAACUUAUUCAGACACCUUCAACGUUUCUCACAUUAUCACAGUGUAGAAAAUGGUAAUAAAAUAUGAGGAACUCAAAGUUAAACUGUCAGAACAAAUAGAUCUUGAUAAUGUCAGAUAGCUUUGAUAGGUAUGUAAUGAAUUCACUUGAAUAGCUGUCAGCUGUUAAAUUUAAGAACACAAUUAGAUAAAACCAAUUUAGCUCUCAAACAAUUACCAAGAAAUGCUUCGUUUUGUUCAGUCUGUGUGUAAAAAGAUCACAUUAGCAAUUAAAGAAAAACACUGAAGUAAAACACGCUCAGCUCAAAGUGUCUGAGUUAUUUUUGCUCCCAAAUUUUACUGCUAGUCCACUUUAUGAAGAAUAUUUGGGUGUAAUAUGUCACAGUUUACUUUUUUUUGCCAUCCUCACGUACAUAAAUGAACUAUAGUCUCUUUGAUUUAUAUAGCGCUUUUAACAAUACAGAUUGUGUCAAAUUAUAUAUGUAUAUAUAUAUAUAUAUAUAUAUAUGUAUAGUGUCCUGCACUAGUAAAAAAAUAUCAAAAAUGAUAUCUGCUGUCUGAAUAUUUUUUGGUUUGACUGUAAGUGUGAGAAGAACAGUUGGACUAUAAGCUGCAUAACCCAUCAGUGGCUCUUGAGUGUUUGGUGUGUGUGGGACAGACCGAGGGUCCUGGUGCCACAGCCGUUGCCUUUUUAGGAGACACCUGAUCGCAGCUCAGCGCCGCCACACAAAGAGCUGCUGAUAACGUCUGGAGCGAGUUCAGAUGAUGAAGCCAUGCUGGAGUAAACACAGGACUGGACUUACACACACUCGCUGUGUCUGCACUGAAGAAGGUCACCUCCAUGCUGUAGGAUCUCCGGCUCCUUCAUGGAAAAGUUCCAGGCUGCGAUGGUUCUCGGAGGAGUGGGAGACGCGCUGGGAUACCGCAAGGGCCGCUGGGAAAUGUGCAUCUCAGGGAAACAGAUUCAGCAGGAACUGGCUGCUCUCGGGGGCCUCGGGGCCCUGAAGCUGGACGCUGAUAACUGGCCGCUCAGUGACGGAGUCCUGAUGCACAUGACCACUGCGGAGGCGCUGAUCACCGAUUACUGGUGUCUGGAGGAUCUGUACCGGGAGCUGGUGCGACGCUAUGUGGAGGCCAUGGUGUGUCUGCAGGGUCGAGCUCCAGAUCCCAGCACCGUGGAGGGAUGCGUCAACCUCAAGCCACACAACUUCCUGUUAGCCUGGCACACACCCUUCAAUGAGAAAGGUUCCGGUCACGGAGCUGCGACUAAAGCCAUGUGUGUGGGCAUGCGCUACUGGCAGCCCCAGCGGCUGGACAGUCUGGUGGAAGUGAGCAUCGAGACGGGCCGGAUGACCCACAAUCACCCCAUAGGGUUCCUGGGCUCGCUGUGUACGGCUCUCUUCGCCUCAUACGCCAUCCAGGGAAAGCCGCUGGUCAGCUGGGGUCGUGACCUCAUGGCGGUCAUUCCCAAAGCGGAGGAAUACUGCAGGAAGACCAUCCGGCACAUGGCAGAAUACCAGGAGAAGUGGUUCUACUUUGAGGCCAAAUGGCAGUUUUAUCUGGAGGAGAGAGGAAUAGAAGACGGUCAGAGUAAACCCAUAUUCCCUGACCGAUACGACGCUGAAGAGACAGACCAGAUGUACAAGCGCUGGAGUUCAGAGGGCUGUCCUGGACGCAGGGGUCACGACGCUCCCAUGAUCGCGUACGACGCUCUGCUGGCGGCCGGAUCCAGCUGGGAGGAGCUGUGCAAACGGGCCGUGCUUCACGGAGGUGAGAGCAGCGCGACGGGUCUGAUCGCCGGCUGUCUCUACGGGCUUCUCUUCGGGAUCCAGCAGGUUCCUGCUGGACUCUAUCAGGAUCUGGACAAGAGACAGAAGCUGGAAGAUCUGGGAGAACGACUGCACCGAGCAGCGGCCGUAGAGAAAGCUCAGAGAGAUGGCCGUCAGAUCUACAUCAUCCCGACCCUGGACCGGCGAGCCGUCAAACGGCUGAUCCUGGACCGCUCGACUCAUCCGGAGGUCAGGACCAUCCUGGAGAAUCUGCUGCUUUACCAAAGUCCGGAUCCACCGAACCCUGGGUCAGCGGCCGUGGGGAGAGCCGGUCUGCGUCUCACCGCCUUCCAGCUGCUCAGAUCCAGGUUUGUGAAGAGCGUGCCGAAGCCAGCGCUGACCCACAGACGAGAGGUGGGCUCUCUGAACACCAAACCACGGCGUGUUAAACACACACACGAUUCAAGACCUGCGGCGAAGAGAAAAACCUCCAGAGUUCAGGCCAUGCUGGACAGAUUCACAGCAGCCGAGAACAACGACAUGAAGAAACCUCAAACACACAGACGAACAGGCGGAUCCGUGUUUAGCAGCCUAAUCAAGAGGUUUGAGACUCUAGUGACGGAGAACAGCAGAAACAAUUCGAUACACAAGAUCAACAAACACAAGAACGAAUCAACUGAUUCACAAGAAUCGCUAAAGCAACACAAGAACGAAUCAACUGAUUCACAAGAAGCACUAAAUCAACACAGAAACGAAUCAACUGAUUCACAAGAAGUACUAAAGCAACACAAGGACAAAUCAAACCAUUCACAAGCAGCACUAAAACAGUACAAGAACAAAUCAACCGAUUCACAAGAAUCACAAAAUCAACACAGAAACGAAUCAACUGAUUCACAAGAAUCACUAAAUCAACACAGAAACGAAUCAACUGAUUCACAAGAAGUACUAAAGCAACACAAGAACAAAUCAAACGAUUCAAAAAAAGUAUCAAAGCAACAUGAGAACAAAUCAACUGAUUCACAAGAAGCACUAGAGCAAGACAAGAAUGGAUCAAUUGAUUCAAUUGAAGCACUAAAGCAGCAUAAGAACAAAUCAACUGAUUCACAAGAGAUACUAAAGCAACACAAGAAUGAAUCAACUGAUUCACAAGAAGCACUAAACGAGAACAAAUCAACUGAUUCACAAGAGAUACCAAAGCAACACAAGAAUGAAUCAACUGAUUCACAAGAAGCACUAAAGCAGCAUAAGAACAAAUCAACUGAUUCACAAGAGAUACUAAAGCAACACAAGAAUGAAUCAAUUGAUUUACCAGAAGCACUGAAGAAUCAUGAGAACAAAUCAAAUGAUUUACAACAAGAAAUACUAAAUCCACACAGAAAUGAAUCAACUAAUUCACAAGAAGCUCUAAAGCAACACAAGAAUGAAUCAAUUGAUUCACAACAAACACUAAAUCAACACAGAAACGAAUCAACUGAUUCACAAGCCGUACUAAAGCAACACAAGAACGAAUCAACUGAUUCACAAGAAGCACUAAAUCAACACAGAAACGAAUCAACUGAUUCACAAGAAGUACUAAAGCAACACAAGGACAAAUCAAACCAUUCACAAGCAGCACUAAAACAGUACAAGAACAAAUCAACCGAUUCACAAGAAUCACUAAAUCAACACAGAAACGAAUCAACUGAUUCACAAGAAUCACUAAAUCAACACAGAAACGAAUCAACUGAUUCACAAGAAGUACUAAAGCAACACAAGAACAAAUCAAACGAUUCAAAAAGUAUCAAAGCAACAUGAGAACAAAUCAACUGAUUCACAAGAAGCACUAGAGCAAGACAAGAAUGGAUCAAUUGAUUCAAUUGAAGCACUAAAGCAGCAUAAGAACAAAUCAACUGAUUCACAAGAGAUACUAAAGCAACACAAGAAUGAAUCAACUGAUUCACAAGAAGCACUAAACGAGAACAAAUCAACUGAUUCACAAGAGAUACCAAAGCAACACAAGAAUGAAUCAACUGAUUCACAAGAAGCACUAAAGCAGCAUAAGAACAAAUCAACUGAUUCACAAGAGAUACUAAAGCAACACAAGAAUGAAUCAAUUGAUUUACCAGAAGCACUGAAGAAUCAUGAGAACAAAUCAAAUGAUUUACAACAAGAAAUACUAAAUCCACACAGAAAUGAAUCAACUAAUUCACAAGAAGCUCUAAAGCAACACAAGAAUGAAUCAAUUGAUUCACAACAAACACUAAAUCAACACAGAAACGAAUCAACUGAUUCACAAGCCGUACUAAAGCAACACAAGAACAAAUCAACUGAUUCACAAGAAUCACUAAAUCAACAAAGAAAC